UGUGUGAGUGUGUGUUUGCGUGUAUGUUGUCCCUGGGACAAAAUGCUCCACUGCGCCAGCUGUGACAAGCCCAUCCUCGACAGGUUCCUGCUGAAAGUUUUGGACCGGCCGUGGCACGCCAAGUGCGUCCAGUGCUGCGACUGCAAAUGCAGCCUGAGCGAYAAGUGCUUCUCGCGAGACGGGAGGCUGUACUGCAAGAACGACUUCUUUAGGAGAUUUGGGACUAAGUGUGGAGGCUGCUCGCAGGGGAUUUUACCAAGUGAUCUGGUCCGCAGAGCCAAGAGCAAAGUGUUUCACCUGAACUGUUUCACGUGCGUCAUGUGCAACAAGCAGCUGUCCACCGGAGAGGAGCUCUACAUCCUGGACGAGUCCAAGUUCGUCUGUAAGGAGGACUACCAGAGCAACAACGGGAAGGACACCGUCCUCCUGUCAGUGACGACGUGCAGCGACCCGAGCUUGUCCCCGGACUCCCAGGACCCGCAGGACGACGGCAAGGACUCGGAGGAGGGCGGCGGGGGCCCGCUGUCCGACAAGGACGCGUGCGGCAACGAGGAGCCGGACAACGACGAGCAGGGCGCCGUGGGCAAGCGCCGCGGGCCGCGCACCACCAUCAAAGCCAAGCAGCUCGAGACGCUCAAGGCGGCGUUCGCGGCCACGCCGAAGCCCACGAGGCACAUCCGCGAGCAGCUGUCGCGCGAGACGGGCCUCAACAUGAGAGUGAUCCAGGUUUGGUUCCAGAACCGGAGGUCCAAAGAGAGGCGGAUGAAGCAGCUGAGCGCCCUGAGCGCUCGCAGGCACGUGUUCUUCAGGAGCCCGAGGAGGAUGAGAGCUCUGGGGGACAGACUGGAGCCAGGAGAGCUGGGACACUUCUCCUACUAUGGAGAUUAUCCCGCUGAAUUCUACGGUCCGGGAGGGAAUUACGAGUACUUCCAAGGCCCACCGUCAUCGCAGGCUCAGACUCCGGCAGACCUGGGCUUUGUGCCCUCCGCAGUCCCCGCUGGGACCCCGCUGGGAGGCGUGGACCACCACCACCACCACCACCAUCACCACCCCCACCCACACGCGCACUGCGCCGCCGGAGACGCGCCGUGCUUCCCGGACACGGUGGUCUCGUCCCACCACCAUCCCGCGGACUCACCGGGCAGCCCGGAGCCAGGCGGCCCGGCCUCCAUUCACAGCAUCUCCGGUGAGAUGUGCGGCCCAGGACCUGGACCUGGAUCAGGACCGGGGCCUGGGCCCUUCACAGCCGUGUCCCUCAGCGACAACAACGGAUACAGCAACCAGCCGUCCUCAGAGCUGAGCGAGGGC